GUCACUCGAGGAAUAUUUAAAUUGAGUCUGGAACCCCGGUCGGCACUCGCUCAGAGCAGGCUGCCCCGACAAUGUGGACUCUCGACCAAGCGGUUUCCUUCGCUCUCCUGGUGGGGGUGGCUAUGACGUCAUCGGCGUUGGCCCACGACGCCAGCGAAACGAAGCAUCACAGCUGGGGCUUCUUCAACCACUUCUGGGGCCAACUGGGGGGGCCGAGGCCUGGGAUGUCCAUCGGAUACAGUAUCUCCGGAAGAUGCCAGAGUGCCCUGCAGUGUUGCCAGUAUGAGGUGGGUUCUCCCGAGUUCAACUGCUGCUGCAAGAGAUACGGCUGCUGCCCCUCCUGCGAGACCACUGAACCCGGCUGCUCCUGUGGAUAUUUCUGCAAGAUGAGGGGCGGCCUCUGCAGGAAGUACCGAUGCGAGGAGGGAGAGACCAUGUCCUGGUGGGGAUGCAGAGGAUACAGGUGCAGGUGCUGCAUCAGGAACGAGAUCCGGUCACCGAGGACUGCGAGGGGGCGGGCGAGUGCUGCCAGGAGGAGGCAGGCUCAGGAGCCUUCUUCAAGUGCUGCCAGAAGUACAACUGCUGCCCCGUGUGCUCAAAGCCCAAGUGCACCUUCGGCAACGAGACCUUCGAUGACGAGGUCGUACCCGAGAGCGUGCCUCCAGCUGCGGUGUGACGUCCAGACCCUGGACGAGCAGCCGUUCUACCAGCAGCAGAUCACCGAGAUAUCGCCCAACUCCUCGUGCGGUUGCUGUGAACUGGGAGGGAAGAUGUACGCCGACGGCUACCUGCUGACCCAAGACGACUACUGUUUGGCCAUCCAGUGCGUGGAGGGAGAAUGGGUCAACCAGGGCUAUAUCAACAGUGAUUGCAGAGUUUGCACAAUCCAAGACCCUCUGGCUGCUGCAGUGACCUUCGAUGGCAGUGUCAACAGUGUCUCCGAUACCAGCUGCAGCUACUCUGCGGUCCAAGAAGGCACAGGUUACAAUCCGGAUUCGUUUGUGUCCGUUGAAUUCGACCCCCAUGCAACUGUGGCCGGUUUUGUGGACAGAACGGACCUUGUAUUCAAGGACACGGGCGCGGAUCCUGUUACCUGUCCAGCGAGCGACAUACAGGGUUGCUCCUUCGGUCCCGUCACGGAGACGCCCAAGGAAAUCAAUGACGUCGGCACCCUCGCCCUCACCACGCAGCUGGGCUCCCUCACCUUCAACGCCAUCGUGGGCGUUAAUAAGAUCACGACCCUGUACACCGACAACUCGCUCCUGAUCCUCGCCCCGACCUCGAAGUACGAAGAACUAGGGGGGCUUUGCGGCGAAUACAACGGCGACCCCUCCGACGACCUGACCAUACGCGACGGGACGGUCACCACGGAUUCGGCGGCGUUCGUUACGGAUUGGAAGAUGGAUCCUACGUGUGUUAGCACUCCAGCGGCAAGAGAGCUGAAGAGCAUGACGGACUCCUGUGCCUCCCUUACGCCGCAGACUCUUUCCGAGCUAACUCUGGAAUGCGAGAACAUCAUCUCGACCUACAUGAACGUCACUGAACCGAUGAUGAAUAACUGCAAGCAAAUUCUGUGUCAGUGCGAACUAAUCGAUGUGGAAUCGUGCCUACCGUCCCUACAGGAGCUCUCGGCCACCAUAGCCCAAGUGCACAAGAAGGAGAAGAGUCCCUCCGACCUGGAGGAGCUGCUGCAAGGGUCCCUGGUCUAGGCGCCUCCUUCCAAGACCUCCGCUCGAGACGCUCUAGCCUAGGUGCCUCCGCUCUGCACAGCGUCACGGAACAGCGGCGCUUCCAGUGGGGUGCCAGCUGUUCGGUCAGAGCGGUGCCGGACAAGAGGAGGGACGCUGUUGAGGAUUUCAUUAUUGUUAUUAUCUUUAUUUUGUUUUUUAUUCAUUGUGAUUAUUAUUGUUCUUGUUAUUUUUGUUAUCUUUAUUUUCCUUAUUAUUAUCAGUUAUGUAGGAGGCACCAAGUAAGACAAUCUAUUUA